AUGGGAAUACCUUCAGGGAGGGAAGGUUGUGUGGAGUUCGAGCUAGGCUGGGGCGGAGUGGGUCUGACCUCGUUUUCGCAACUUGGUCGUCCUGUCGAUGCGACAAUCAACAAUCGACCUUGCACACCAACCAUCUUUGUCAGCGUUGCCAUGCCUUCGUACAGCCUCAAAAUGCCAACUGUACGCAUUCCCACAAUUGUCGAAGGCAUCGUAAAUGGGAAGUAUAAUUGGGGAAUGCACCCUAUCAACUGUCCGCGACAGAGGACAUCGUCCAAGGUAACUUCUUCAAAGUCGCCUUGA